CCGAAAGGAAGGCUGUGUGUUUAAAAGGCGUCAAACUCCGGAAAAGUCUUUUGUUGUCCUCGGUGGCUUCCAAGCAAACCACAAUGGCGCCUAGCUAGGUUUUUUAGCUUCUUUUUUCAUUUUGAGAAAUAAAACUACUAAAAAAGAAAAACAUGGACGCUGUCGGAGAGGAUGAACCGGACACGAUAAAGCUGAGAUCUAUUAAAAACAAUAUAACUUUCACAGUGCCUCAAAGUGACAGGUUUGGGAGCUGCAGAAGUGUCAGAGAAUUUGAGAAAUUCAAUCGAAUAGGAGAAGGAACAUAUGGCAUUGUGUACCGAGCCCGUGACACUAAGUCAGAUGAGAUUGUUGCGCUGAAGAAAGUUCGCAUGGACAAAGAAAAAGAUGGGAUUCCCAUCAGCAGCCUCAGAGAAAUGACACUGCUGCUGAGGCUGAGACAUCCCAACAUUGUGGAGCUGAAGGAAGUGGUUGUGGGCAGCCAUCUGGAGAGUUUGUUUUUGGUGAUGAGUUACUGUGAACAGGAUCUCGCCAGCCUGCUGGAGAACAUGCAGACACCGUUCUCUGAGGCUCAGGUCAAAUGCAUCAUCCUUCAGCUUCUCAGAGGUUUGGAAUAUCUUCAUCACAACUUCAUAAUUCACAGGGACCUGAAGGUGUCUAAUCUGCUGAUGACAGACAAAGGCUGCGUUAAGAUCGCUGAUUUCGGGUUGGCCAGGAUGUACGGGAUCCCGCAGCAGCCCAUGACCCCCAGAGUGGUCACGCUGUGGUACAGAGCUCCGGAGCUCCUCCUGGGGACAAAGACACAAACAACAGCUCUGGACAUGUGGGCCGUGGGCUGCAUCCUGGCUGAGCUGCUGGCCCACAAACCUCUGCUUCCUGGAACCUCUGAGAUCCAGCAGGUGGACCUGAUCGUGCAGCUGCUGGGAACUCCCAAUGAGAACAUCUGGCCGGGUUUCUCUAAGCUUCCCCUCGUCGGUCAGUACAGUCUGAGGAAGCAGCCGUACAACAACCUGAAGAACAAGUUCACCUGGCUGUCUGAUGCUGGACACCGACUGCUCAACCUGCUCUUCAUGUUCAACCCACAGCGCAGGGCGACAGCCAAAGAUUGCUUAGAGAGCUCCUACUUCAAAGAGAAACCUCUGCCUUGUGAACCGGAGCUGAUGCCAACGUUCCCGCACCAUCGCAACAAACGAGCUGCUCCUGCAGCCGAGCGCCACGCCAAGAGAAGCAAAGUUUGAUCUCAAGACGAAUAACGAUCACGUACCCUCUCGUGUCGUAUUUUCUCGCCUCUGAGGGAAUUCCAGUUGGAUGAGUCGAGCCAAACUCACUUGAACAAGUUGGGACUUUGUACAAAGAAGUAACGUUUAUUCAUUCAAUCCUCUUAUUGUUUUUCUUUUAUGUCUUCUGCUGUCUAGCCUUUGUUGCUCUGUGUGUUAGCAGAGCGAGUUGGGCUCACCAAGAGGAAAAGUCUGGAAAAAAUGACGUAAAUUUGUUUGGAAGGUGCUUGAAUUUAAUUCUGGUUAAACUGUAAGAAUCCUGAAGCUGAGCGGUUUUCCAUGCAGAAGAAAUAUGAUCAGAAAAGGCGACAAAUGGAGACUUUAUGUAAAAUGAGUUCUGAUUUAGUCAGUCGUAACUACCCAGUAGUCAAACGCCACUCGUUUUAGGUCUGUUUGUUCAAAAUUGCAAGUGCAAACAUGGGUAUCAUUUUUAAAUAACUUACUGAAGGUCUGUCAUAUCACCCACCACCUUUCAUUUUGCUAACAAACUGCUAAUUUAGCUCAGUGCGUAAAAUAAAGUGACUUAUAGCCAUAUUUGUGUCAGCUUAAAGAGCAAGUCACCCCCAAAUCAACUAUUUUUUCCUGAUAAACUAUAUAAACGUGUGUCUAAUUGUGCUGCAGACACGUGUCGUCAAUAGUUUUGCACUUUAGUGCAUUUUAGUUAAAAUUUUAAUUUUCUGCCUAAAACUGUCAGUGUUGUGCCGUUGUCGGGUAAAAACUCUGCACCGCAUUAGAAUUUAAAUCUGCCAUCGCUAUUGGCUAAAGCCUGAUUCAUGCUCCUCCGUCAGCUCCAACAGGGACAGACACGCACGGAUUGACAGAAGCGUUUUGCUCUCAUCUCAGUCUCCUGGAGAGUGUUGCAAAGCAAUUCCCCGCCAGGACAGCAGAGGGCGCAGCGCUGUUCUGUGGUAUCGUGUCAAGUAUCGGUCCAAGAUAGUGUGUUUAUAUUGUGUUUUUUGUAUUUAAAGAGCAAGUCAACCCCUACCAGAUUCUAACUCCACUCCCACUUCCUGUUUGAAAAAUACAACAAAUGCUGUUGCCUGGCAGACCGAGAGGGCGGAGCUGCUAACAAAUACACACACACACAGGCUCACGACAACGUUGUGACAUCAUAAUGUACCAGUUUACAUCAUAGCAUACCUCUUAGCCAAUAGCGGUGGCAGAUUUAAAUUAGAAUAAAGUGCAGAGUUUUUACCUGACAACGGCACAACACUGCCAGUUUUAGGCAGAAUAUUUAAAUUUUAACUAAGAUGCACUGAAGUGCCAAAUUAUUGACGACACGUGUCUGCAGCACGAUUAGACACACAUUUAUUUAGUUUAUCAGUAAAAAAAAGUUUAUUUGGGGGUGACUUGCUCUUUAAGAGACUUUUUAACACAGACAAAUUUGUCUCUCAUCCUCCUCCACCUCUAAACCCACGUUUCCUGUCAUUUCCGUCCACAAAUAAAACGCUCGCUGCGUAUCUUUUCACUCCUCCAGUCACGGGGGAAUUAAACGUUCAUGUUUUUAGUUUUUUUGCGAGGUAUUCUUCAAGCUGCUCUGUCUGCCGCUAGUUAUCCUCGGCUCUCUUUAUGUUUUUGAGGGCGCAAUGGCGGCGGUGUAGACGCCAGCGGUGCCCUGACCAAUCACAAGCUUGCGUUGUCCGUCUCGACUGACGGAUGUUUAGAAAAGAGAGCUAGUCUCUGUCCGUCCUUGCGGAGCUUUCCAGCAGGCCCGCAAGGACGCUGCGUGUCUCCGCACUGAUGCAGACGGAGAAGCAUGAAUCAGGCUUAAGAGGUACCCUAGGACGUUAGCUGGUACCAUAUGAUGUCACAAUGUCGUUGUGAGCCUGUUUGUGUGUGUUUGUUGGCGGCUCCGCCCUCUCGGUCUGCUAGGCAACAGCAUUUUUCAAACAGGAAGUGGGAGUGGAGUAAUACUCUGGUGGGGGGUGACUUGCUCUUUAAAUCUGGUUGACUAAAAACAUUUUGGUAGAUUUGCAUCCGGUGAUUCUUCCUGUAAGCGUCCAUAAAAUCUGUUUUCUGAUUGUGUUUGCCGCCUGCAUUAAUAUAAACAUCAGUGUCCCCCGUG